AUGCGACGUGUUCCAUUUGGACUGCACGGAAAACUUGAGUCCAAAGUUCAGGAACUUAUUGCGAAGGAUAUUAUUGAGGCGGUGGAAGAACCGACCCCAUGGGUGAAUCCUGUUGUCAUUGUACCAAAGGCCUCAGGUGAUAUAAGGCUAUGCUUGGAUAUGAGACGUGCCAAUGAAGCUAUCUUGAGAGAAAGGCACCCUAUACCUACAGUAGAUGAAGUGUUACAGGACAUGAGUGAAAGUAGAGUCUUCUCAAAGUUAGACCUGAAGUGGGGUUUCCAUCAACUGGAGUUACAUCCUGAGUCGCGUAACAUUACAACUUUUGUGACUCAUUGUGGACUGUAUAGGUAUAAGCGGCUGCUGUUUGGGAUAAAUGCUGCACCUGAGAUAUAUCAGCAUGAAAUCCAGAAAACCCUUCAAGGAAUCCCAGGGGUUGCCAAUAUAUCAGAUGACAUUGUUGUCCAUGGUCCUUCCACAGAUGAGCAUGAUAAACGACUUGAGCAAGUCGUUCAGAGACUUUCAUCAGCAAAUUUAACCUUAAACGUUGAUAAGUGUGAGUUCAAGAAGUCAAGCAUAACGUUUAUGGGGCAUCAUUUGACAGAUCAGGGGAUUGAUAUCACCAAAGACAAAGUUGAAGCUGUUGUGAGUGCAAGACAGCCAGAAAAUGCGAGUGAGGUCCGAAGUUUCUUGGGACUAGUAAACUUCUGCUCUCGUUUCAUCCCUGAUUACUCCACAUUAGCAGAGCCGUUGAGACAACUAACAAGGAAAAACCAGCCGUUUGUGUUUGGAAAGGAUCAAGUUGAAUCAUUUCAGUCACUCAAAGCUGCCCUUGCAAGUGGUAAAACCCUAGGCUACUAUAGUCUAGCUGCAAAAACAAGAGUUAUCGCGGACGCCAGUCCUGUUGGACUUGGGUCAGUCCUUGCUCAGCAACAGAUGGAUACAUCAUGGCGGAUCAUCUCAUAUGCAAGUCGUUCGCUCAGUGAUGUGGAACGCAGGUACUCGCAAACUGAAAAAGAGGCUCUUGCCUUAGUUUGGGCGUGCGAGAAGUUUCACCCGUACAUAUAUGGGAUAUCAUUUGAGUUGGUCACAGACCACAAACCCCUAGAAGCAAUAUAUUCACCAAAGUCCAAACCCUGUGCUCGAAUAGAACGCUGGGUUUUGCGCCUCCAACAAUACGACUUCAAGGUUGUGUAUGCACCAGGAAGGAGCAAUAUAGCUGAUCCGUUGUCCAGGUUGUCAAGAGAACAGUUUGUGAAACCUCAAGCUGUGUCAAGUAGUGCUGAAGAAUAUGUCAGAUUUGUAGCAGUGAAUGCAACUCCUCAGGCUGUAACAACUCGAGAAGUCGAGGGAGCUUCUGCAACGGAUGAUGAGUUGGAAAUGGUGCGCCAGUGUAUUGAUUCUAGUGAUUGGAAUCAUUGUGAAUUGAAGCAAUAUGUGAUUGUGAGUUCUGAAUUGUGCAGAAUAGGGAAGUUGGUGUUGAGAGGUAAUCGAAUAGUGAUUCCCAUGUGUUUGCGACCCAGAGUUUUGUCACUUGCACAUGAAGGGCACCUUGGUGUUGUUGGUACAAAGCAGAACUUGAGAUCCAAGGUGUGGUGGCCAAAUAUGGAUAAGGAUGCAGAAAGGCUCUGCAAAACAUGUCACGGUUGUCAGCUGGUCAGCAAGCCGAGUCCUCCAGAACCUAUUCAGACAACAGAACUGCCAUCAAAACCUUGGGAAAACCUUGCAAUGGAUUUCCUUGGUCCAUUACCAUCUGGUGAAUCGAUUCUUGUGGUGAUUGACUAUUAUAGUAGAUACUAUGAAUACAAGGUGAUGAAAUCAACCACAGCACAGAAAACUGUAGAUGUUCUCAAAGGUAUGUUCUCACGACAUGGAUUGCCUGUGUCAAUCUACUCAGACAAUGGUCCUCAGUUCGUAUCUGAGGUGAUGGGAGACUAUCUGACGGACAGUGGUAUUGAACACCAUCGAGUAACUCCUCGUUGGCCUCAAGCUAAUGGUGAGGUGGAGAGACAAAAUCAGUCUCUAGUGAAGAGAUUGAAGAUUGCUCAUGCCACAAAGCAGAACUGGAAAGAGGCACUGCAGGUAUAUGUCACUCAGUACCGUGCAACACUCCACACAGUAACUGGGAAAAGCCCAGCUGAACUGUUGUUUGGAAGGAAGAUGAGAACUAAGUUACCUGUUUUGAUUCCUGAAUCCAUUGACUAUGAGGUUCGUGACAGAGACGCCGAAAAGAAAGGUUCAUCGAAAUUGUACGCCAAUGAAAAAACGCCAUGCCGCAGAGUCCAAGAUUGUUCCUGGAGACAAGGUGUUGCUUAA